AGUGAACGGAUCGAAAUGGAGACGCAAACAUUUGUACUGGCAGUUUUGGUCGCGCUCUGCCUCUGCGGCUUGCCACAGAGGACGGAAGGGGUUCGCAUGAAGAUACCCCUCAUACCGGAUCUACCAAAAUCGUUUGACUGUCGGGCUGACAGCAUUGGUAUCACCUACAAUCUGACAGCACUCUCUGGCUUCUGGUACGAGGCUGCCCGCGUGCCGAAUGUGGAUGUGCUGGAGUGUCUGAAUGUGUCUGUUCCCGACGCCAUCGAACAGGAUCAGCUUGAGCUGGAUUUGAAAUACAUCAGCACCGUGAACGGUGGCUGGCAGUACACCGAAGAACAGGUAAACUUCCCCUGGGACAAUGACACCGAACGCGGCGUCUUCAAGCUACAGUACGGAAGAAUCAUAGUCACGUACAAACUGAUAAACACCGACUACACUACGUACGCGCUCGUCUGCGGCUACGGCAACAUAUCCCCGAUGCCCCUCUUCAAGCUCUUCACGCGCCAACGGGAGCUUAACCAGACUAUAAUAGCAGUAAUUCAGGCGGUAGCCGAUCAGCAGGGGAUCGGCAACCAGAUUGCCUGGGAGCAACAAUCGCUGGCCAAGUGCAAUGCCUCCACUAUGGCAACCUCUUUAGGAAUCGUAAUUGGAUUCGUUUUUUUACUGUCCGCCUACUUUAGAUAGUUUGUGCACCUACACAUUGAAUUUAGAGUGUAAGUUAUGUCACAGGAAACUGUUACGUGAAAUUCUAAUCAACGUUUUAUCAUAUCAUGGAUAUCUGUAUUAUGGUUGUUGCCAUUUGCGGCCGUUGAACUGAUCUUUGAUAUGAAUCAUUAAAGUCUGAUAUCCACGAUCAUAAAGAAAUUGGGCCAAAGAAAGUAUGUGGACAGAUAUCUGUAAUGUUUAGGCAUAAGUACGAGUAUAUCUUAGUAUUUUUCAAAUGAAUUUAUGAGUACAUCUGAUAAGUAAUUAAAGAUCUUCCUACCUUAAA